AUGUCUGAACGCAAAGUCCUCUCCAAAUACUACCCCCCCGACUUUGAUCCCUCCCUCGUAGGGCGAACCCGCAAGCCCAAAUCCGCGGCCAACACUCCCAAGGUCCAAGUCGUGCGCCUUAUGGCCCCGUUCAGCAUGCGCUGCACCGCCUGCGGGGAGUACAUGUAUCGCGGCCGCAAAUUCAACGCGCGCAAAGAAACCCGACCAGACGAAAAAUACUUGUCUAUACAGAUUUACCGGUUUUACAUUCGGUGCACGAGGUGCUCGGCGGAGAUUGUGUUCAAGACUGAUCCCAAGAAUCAGGAUUAUACUGUUGAGCAGGGGGCCAAGAGGAACACGGAUCCGUGGAAGAGGGGGUUGGAUGAUGGGGACAAUGGGGAUGGGGAAGAUGAGACGGAUGAGCAGAGGUUGGAUCGGUUGGAACGGGAAAUGGCGGAGGCGGCGGGGGAGGAGGAGAAGAAUGCUAUGGUUGAGUUGGAGCAGAAAACGGAGGAUGCGAAGAGGGAGAUGGCGGUGGCGGACGCGUUGGAUGAGAUUAGGAGUCGGAAUGCGAGGUUGGAGAAAGCGAAGAGUGAGGGGGUGGAUUUGUUGGAGGGGUUGGUGAGUAAGGAGACGGAGGAGGAAAAAGAGAGGAGGAGGCAGGAGGAGGAGGAUGCUGAGGCGGCGAGGAGGGCGUUUCAGUUUGCGAGGAGGCAGGAGAUGUUGGAGGAGAUUGUGGAGGAGCCGGAAGAGGAGGAGAAGGGGGUGGAUGGGAGUAAUGGGGGGCCAAGCUUGUCGUUGAGUGAGGGGGUUAAACCUGCGACGACGGCAGCUGCGACGACAGCGGGGACCGAUACGACGGAUAUGCCACCGCCUAGUUUUAAGAGGGUGGUUAAGAGGAAAAAGGAUCACGCCGCGCUAUUAGGGAUCAAGAAGAAGAAGGUGGCUUGA